UAUUGCGCAUCUAAUGAUUGAAAAUGUUGAAAAUAUUUAAAAAGUUCGUAAAAAAAAAAAUUCGUAGAGGAACUGCAUAACUCAGAUUUAGAAGAUUUGUUACGUAUUCACUCACUUCUACGUUCACACAUUAUGUUCUAAGUUGACACAUUUCAACCAAGUAUAGUUCAGAUAUUGGAACAUUUUUAUUGUUUUGAGUUGAUAAAUUUUUAUGAGGAGUAGACCCUGAGUCGAUCAUACGUUUAAUAAAAUUACGCAAAAUUUCAAAAGGUAGAUAAACUAUUACACAGCAGGGGCGGAUCCAGGAUUUUUCGGUAUUUGAGUUAUAUAACUUUCAGAAUGUUAAAGGAAACCGAUUAUGCAGAGGAAAAAGUUGUUUCUAACAAUAACAUUUAUUGGGAUUUUUCAAAAAAUCAUGGUCCCAAACAAUGGCUGAAAACGUGGAGUUUUACAACAAGACAAUCUCCAAUUGAUAUUGUUUUACAAAAUGUGCAAUAUGAUUCCAACUUAAAAGCUCUCAAUUUCGAUCGGCAAUUUAUUUUAGUUCAUGUAACCAACAUUGGAUGGAACAUUUCUUUUAGAGCUGACAAUAUUAGAGCCAUUUCUUUAUACGGAGGGGCGUUGACUUACAAUUAUGCUUUUCGUGAAAUGCAUUUUCACUGGGGAGAAGUUUACGAAGGUAAGUGCGAACUUGGUUGCGAACAUACUAUUGACGGCAAAAGAUAUGCUGCAGAAUUUCAUGCAGUUCAUUGGAACACAGAUUUAUACGCAACAGAGUCUGAUGCUAUUGCGAAUCCUGAUGGUUUAGCUGUCAUCGGAGUUCUUAUAGAUGCAAAUGAAUCGUACGAUGACAACGAAGAAUUCAAAGUGUUUCUUGAGAUGUUUGAAAAAGUUCCGUAUAUGAACAAUACUGCUUCGUUUAUGGUAGAUCCUUAUCUUUUGUUACCUAAAAAUACAAAUCAUUAUUUUACUUAUCCUGGAUCUUUGACAAUGCCACCUCUUACAGAAAACGUCACGUGGACACUCUUUACAGAAUCAAUAAAAAUCUCAAUUGACCAACUAAAAAGAAUGAGUAAAAGUUAUCCCAAAGAAAGUUGUAAUGAAAAAUGUUUUUUUAAGUUUCAACGUCAAUCUGAUUCUAUAACUAUCACAAACAAUUAUCGAUUAACGCAACCUUUAAACGAUCGAUUAGUUAAGUCAUCGUAUAAAGUAUAAACUGUAAACAAAUAAUGUGAUGAUGAAGUAAUAAACAUAGAAAAAAAUAAUAAUCAAAAAGACAAUUAAUAAAACAUCUAACAGCAAUAAAAUGUUCCAAAUUAUGAUCAAUGGUUGUUUAUAUUGCCUUACUUUUUUUAGAUAAUGAUAUACUUGCAUGAAAAACUUGUAAAAAACAAGAAUUUUAAGUUUAUAAAAAUUAGAAACAUUUAAAACUGUUUUUUUAGGAGCGUGCACAUUUUCCUGAUGGCACAUUGUCCUGAUGGCAUAUGUUUAUGACGUAAUAGUAUUCACCAAAUUUUUGUUUAAUGAAGGUUACGGUAACCAAAUGGUUUCCAACUGACUACUGUAUAGGGGAGACCGGGGCUUGUUGUCUCUGUUUUUACUUUUCGAGCUCUGUAAUCUUAACGGCAAAAUCUUUUGUAAAUAAUAAAGCGCAGUCUUUAAGAGUAUGAAUUUAGGUAACAUUUGUAA